AUGCCUCUAGUGACGUCGAGCAGGAAAACCAUGUCGCUGCAGAUGAGUACCAAACCCAGCAUGCACCUCUUCAUGGACAAAAAUAUCCGGACAAAAUACCGCCCCCACCGAAACUCCCGCGUACAACACCAAUACGAUGGAGACCACGUACCGCCGAAUCCGCCGACGAUAAACUCUACACAGUAUGAUCCUCCGCCUAUGAAACAUGAUCUCCAACCGCCCAGCUUCUUUGCAUCGAGCUCUGAAACUCUUGUUCUGGCUAUUCUCACCGGAACAAGACGUGACAAGAACAAGCAAAGACAACACGGGACAGAUAGCUUCCGACACUAUCCGCUCCGAAGUGUCAGCCAGCUGCUGCUGCAAACAAUCUCUUCGACAUCCCACAACUCACCAUGA